AAUCGUUUGCUUGGUGAGGCGGCUCCACGCCGCAAUGUAUCGCUUUUUCGAUAAGUAGUCUCGCGUGGAAGAAAACCGUAAACUGGAUUUUGUUUAACACUCAGGGGCAUCGAAAAACCGCUGGGAAUUAUUUAGGGGCUCCUUAGUUCGUUAUGCCACAGCCCGUUCCUCAUCAAAUGAUGUUGUUCCAGGUAAGCACCGCAUCCAAACCCCGUUUCCUGCGGUGCGGACCGGCUUUCUAAACAGCUUUUCUCGAAGUCCCUGUCGUUGUAACGUAAUUUCGCCGCAGUGAGCUUCAAAAACCGCGCGUCUUGUACCUAUACACCGUUUGCACGGAGCCAAGCAUUAUCCUGGCAACAAACAUAAGCGCGUGCAUGUACUGUGACGUAUUCAGCCGUGCGGCGCGUGUGAUGUUUGGUUGGUGCUUGUGGCGGACCGGAUCCAUCUUUUGUUAAGAAACGUGUGUUAUUUUAUUAACUAAUCGACCAGCCGCGGGCUCGAAGUCUUAGAAGCAAGCAACCGAGGUAACAAGUCGCGGUACAGUCCGUGAUUGUUGAAAAAGAGGGAGCGUAUCGGGCCACAAUGCAUGCAUCUACAAUGCCGCAAAGGAGGAGACGACAGGUCGAAUCGCAGCAACAAAGUGCGGUGGAGCCGAUGCAAGUCGACGCACCUCCCGAGGAGAACGAAGCAGCUGAAGAGGAGACAUACAUAGUCGAAAACCCAACUUUGGAUUUGGAGGCGCAUGCCAACAGCUAUGCUGGCCUCGCCCGUCUGUACCGGCUGCUCUACAUCGCCGACCACUGCCCGUCGCUCCGCGUCGAAGCCCUCCGCAUGGCCUUGACCCACGUGCAGAGCACGUACAACAUCGCCAAGUACCAGGAGAUCCACAAGAAGCUCAGCGAGGCCGUGGGGAGCACGCCGAACCUGCCUGAUGUCACCGGUGGCAGCGGCAGCUCUGGAGCCGUGCCGCCCCUCGACAACCAGUGGAUCGAGACGCGCAGCAAGAAGGCCGCAUUGAAGCUUGAGAAGCUCGACACCGAUCUCAAGAACUACAAGAGCAACUCGAUCAAGGAGAGCAUCAGACGUGGACACGACGACUUGGGUGACCACUACCUCGACUGCGGAGACCUCAACAACGCGCUGAAGUGCUUCUCACGGGCGCGCGACUACUGCACCAGCAGUCGGCACGUCGUCAACAUGUGCCUCAACGUGAUAAAGGUCAGCAUCUACCUGCAGAACUGGUCCCAUGUGCUUACUUACGUCAACAAGGCCGAGGCCACGCCAGAAUUUGCCGAGGGCCAUGCCAAGGACACCCACCAGAGCACGGUGACCAAGCUGCGGUGCGCGGCCGGUCUGGCUGAGCUGGCCACCAAGAAGUACAAGUCGGCCGCCAAGAACUUCCUCCAGGCCAGCUUCGACCACUGCGAUUUCCCAGACAUGCUGUCCCCGAACAACGUCGCCAUGUAUGGUGGACUCUGUGCCCUGGCGUCGUUUGAUCGCCAGGAACUCCUGCGAAAUGUCAUCUCUAGCAGCUCUUUCAAGCUGUUCCUGGAGCUGGAGCCUCAGCUGAGGGACAUCAUUUUCAAGUUCUACGAGUCCAAGUACGCUACAUGCCUGACGCUGCUGAACGAGAUCAAAGACAAUCUUCUGUUGGACGUGUACCUGGCCUCUCACGUCAACACUCUGUACACCCAGAUCCGCAACAGGGCACUCAUUCAGUAUUUUAGCCCGUACCUGUCGGCCGACAUGACGAAGAUGGCGCAGGCGUUCAACACAACCCUCGGCGCUCUCGAGGAGGAGCUGAUGCAGCUCAUUCUCGAUGGACAGAUACAAGCGCGCAUAGACUCUCACAACAAGAUAUUGUACGCCAAGGACAUCGACCAAAGGAGCACCACUUUUGAACGGGCGCUUGCAAUGGGCAAGGACUACAAGCGCAGGACAGCUGCGCUGGUACUGAGGUCUGCAAUGCUCAAGAAUCAGAUACAUGUUAAGCUCGUCGUCGCCCUUCUGGGCUUUGUUGCCGUCGCCACUGCUUAUCCCCACAAGUUCGCCGGCGGAUUCGGCGGAUACGGCGGCUACGGACACGGCUACGGCUACGGCCUUGGCCAUGGCUACGGCCACGGCUACGGCCAUGGCUACGCCGUCGCUGCCCCCGUUGUGAAGGUCGCCAACUACAGGACCGCCGCCUACGGCAGCCAUGUUAACCACGGCCUCACCUACGCCGCCCGCGGAUACGGCGGAUACGGCUACGGCCAUGGUGGAUACGGUCACGGCGUCGUCGCCGCUGCCCCCGUUGCCGUCGCCGUCGGCCAUGGUUACGGCCACGGCUAUGGUCUCGGCCACGGCUACGGUCUCGGUUACGGCCACGGUUUCGGCCACGGCUACGGCCACUACUAAGCGCAGACUGUGAGCACCCGUGUUGCCGCCUCGGGGCAUCAGUACACCAGUUUGGACUCUUCAACCCUGAGCCAAGACUGGAUGCAUAGCGAGGGCCUCAAAGAGCUCGUCUGAAAACACGACGAUUCCGCCAGGCCGUACGAAGUGUCAUCGGGUGUGCGACACGGACUGUGCCGACUAGCACGAAGCGUCGAUGAAAUGGAGUGAUUGGACUGUUCGUCGCUUCUCACUAGUCAGUGAGUUUUAGGAAUAUAAUAAAAUAACUAGACACCUAUUGAAAAA